GCCAAAACUUUUCAUUUCUAAAUAAACAAACACCAUCAAUGUUGUAAAAUAUGCCAACAGUAAGUUUAUAAAAACAUAUUUGGGAUUAAAUUCAAAUACAAUUUGAGUGUUGUAGAAAGACUAAUGAUUCAUUUUUCUUGAAGUGAAAGUUCUCUGAUUUCAGUUUUGUGUAUAAGAAAUAUUAAUUGUAUUUAUCUGACAGCAGAAAGAGCUGUAUCUUCAAAUGAUACCCAAAGCCCCCUUCCAAAAAUGUGCAGAGAAACUUCUUUCCAAAGAGGGUUAGUGGAUAGAUGUAAACAUUGUGCCCAUGAGAAUGGACGCUUAGUGGUAGAGUGGAACAGUGUUGGGGAGAGACAAAGGCAACAAAGAUCUCAUGGAGCACAUAUGCAAACAUAGACAACUGCCCAUUAUACGAGUCUCACUGCCUGAAACGGUGAAGGAUAUAAAACAUUUUGGAAAACCACCCUGUCUAAGAUGGCUACUUCUGCAAGGCAGUGUGUUUCUACAGUCAAAGGCUCAAAUCAAGUGGUCAAACAGACAUAUUUGCAGGAUGAAAAUUUGGAGAAUCUGGAAAGUGACCUAGCCCAUGCUGAAAAUACUUCUUUGUACCAUUUUGACAAUAGGAUUGCAUUACCCUUUCAGUCAAAUAUUUCUGAAAGUCAGAGAUUGAAAAAGGAAGAAAAAAAUGGUAAGGGGUAUCCAUUUGAGGGGUCCUUCCCUGAGCAGUCGACUUUACAACAAAACCACAGCAUUUUCAGUGAAAACAGAAUUGCUCAUUGCAGUGAAUCUGAGAAAAUACUGAACCAGGAUUCAAAUGUUAAUAAAUAUCUACGGACUCCUUUGCCAGGGAACCAUUGUGACUGUACUACAUGUAGGGAAGUCUUUCAUCAAAGCUCAAACCUUAUUAGACAGAAGAGAAUACAUUUGGGAGAGAAUCCUUCUGAAUAUACUGAGUGUGGGAAAAUUCUUAACCAGUCCUCCAAUGUUGGUGAUCAUCUGAGGAGUCAUGUGGGAAAAAACCCGUACACAUGCAAUGAACCUGGGAACAUGUUUAGUCAGUCAUCAAGACUUAAUAUCAAUAAGACAAUCCAUGCUGGACAGAAAGGUUACGUUUGUAAGGAAUCUGGCAAAGCCUUCAACUGGCACUCAACACUAAUUCAAAAUCACCUAGUGCAUACUGGAGAGAGACCUUACAAAUGUGAAGAAUGUGGUAAAACUUUUAAGUAUGGGUCAUCACUAAAUGGACACAGGAAAAUCCAUACUGGAGAGAAACAUUACAAACUUAAAGGUGGGAUGGCUUUUACCCAAGACUCACCUCUUAACUAAACACCACAGAAUUCAUGCUGGAGAGAAAUCUUUGGAAUGUCAACAAUGUGGCAAAUCCUUUAACUGGCCCUCAAGCCUUAUUCAACAUCACAGAAUUCAUACUAGAGGGAGACCUUACCAAUGUAAAGAAUGUGGCAAGACCUUUUUUUUGGCCCUCAGGCUUUAAUCAACAUUCCAGAAUCCAUACCGGACAGAAACCUUACCAAUGUAAAGAGUGUGGCAAGGCCUUUAAAUGGCACUCAUACCUUAAGGAACAUCACAGAAUCCAUACCAGAGAGAAACCUUACCAAUGUAAAGAAUGUGGCAAAGCCUUUAAGUGGCACUCAUACCUUAAUCAACAUCACAGAAUUCAUACUGGAGAAAAAUCUUACCAAUGUAAAGAGUGUGUAAAGGCCUUUACCUGCACCUCAGAUCUUACUGGACAUUACAGAAUCCAUACUGGAGAGAAACCUUACAAAUGUCAAGAAUGUGGCAAGGCCUUUAUCCAUCACUCAAAGCUUACUGAACAUCACAGAAUCCAUACUGGAGAGAAACCUUACCAAUGUAAAGAAUGUGGCAAGGCCUUUAACCAGCCCUCAGCCCUUACUAGACAUCACAGAAUCCAUACUGGAGAGCAACCUUACCAAUGUAAAGGAUAUGGCAAGGCCUUUAAACAGCUCUCACACCUUAACCAACAUCACAGAAUUCAUACUGGAGAGAAACCUUACCAAUGUAAAGAAUGUGGCAAGGCCUUUAGCCAACAGUCACACCUUAUUAAACAUCACAAAUUCAUACUGAUUGAAACUUUACAAAUGUAAAGAAUGUGACCAGGUCUUUACCCGAACCUUACAACUUACUCAACAUCACAGAAUUCAUACUUGACAGAAAUCUUAACAAUGUAAAGAAUGUAAUAACAUCUUUAACCACUCUUCAAACUUUAGUCAUUAUCACAGAAUUCAUACUGGCGUACAUCUUCCAAAUUUAAGGAAUCUGAAAAAUGUUUUGUGGACUGCUCACCCCUUACUUUACAUUGGAAAAUUUACACUGGAAUAUAACCAUUGAAUACUAAAGCAUGUGGCCAGGUGUUUAAGCAAUGCUAAACCCUGACUCCUGACCAGAGAAGGUAUACUGGGGAGGAUUUUGCAAAUAUAAGAAUUUGGUAAGCUUAAAAAUAAGAGGUGAAGCUUCAUUCUGUAUCACAGAAUUCAUACUGGAGAAAAACUUAAAUGUGAAGAAUGUGGUAAAAUUUUGUGACUACUGAACCCUUCUCAAUAUCUCAGACUUUAUACUGAGGAGAAACAUUACAGAGGAAAAGAAUGUGUCCAACCAAAGCUGGAACUCACAACUUGCUCAAGAUCAUAGCUAUCUUUCAGGAGAGAAACUAACAUGUAGAGAAAGUUGCCAUGCUUUUAAGUGGAAUUGGAUCCUUAAUCAAUAUCCCAAAGUACACAUGAGAUUAAAUCCUACAGACCUGGGGCCCUUGGGUGGCACAGUCGGUUAAGCGUCCGACUUCAGCCAGGUCACGAUCUCGGGGUCCGUGGGUUCGAGC